AUGAGCCUCAGUGUGCCGUCGAGGCGGCUGCUCCGGGGUGCUUCGGCGCUCGCAACCACCCCGACGACGACAACAACGACGACCUCCUCCCUCCUCCCAGCUCUCCAAUCCCUCUCCCUUACCCCGUCCACUACUGCCCGCCCAAUUCACACGACACCCUCAAACCAAUGGUUCUGGAAACGCAACAAAACCAAAAACGAUAACUCCCUGGAGGAGCAAAUGCGUGGCACCAAAGACGCCCGCGAAGCCCUGGCCAAAUCCGUAUCCUCCCGCAUCGAAGGCCCCGCCAUCUUCGAAGACGAGAUCAAAGAAACCGCGGGCCUCACCGGAACCACCGACAAGCAAACUGGCCUCCCCGUAACCCGGGCCGGCGCGUCCCUGGUGCGCGAGCACCUCGCGCGCGCGACCGACCCCGACCCGCGCAGCCGCGUGCGCUGGGAGCGCAAGAUGCUGAUCCGGCAGGUGCAGCGUGGGACGAACCCCUUCUCGCGCGAGCCGCGGGCCGAGCGGAUCGCGCGCACCGAGCGCCAGCUGACGAGCCGCAGCCCCUGGUUGGCGACGAGCACUAAGAAGCUCGUGAAGCUGGCGCACCAGAUCCAGGGCAAGACGGUCGAGGAGGCGCUGGUGCAGAUGCGCUUCAGCAAGAAGAAAAUGGCGCAGGAGGUGCGGUACCAGCUCGAGGUGGCGCGGGAUCUGGCCAUCGUCGAGCGCGGCAUGGGACUCGGUGCCACGAAAAAUAAGAAGACGGAUGGGCAGACGAACGAGAGUGCUGCUGCUGCUGCUGGCAAGGCGGUCGAGAUCAAGACCAAAGACGGCAAGUGGGUCAAGAUUGACGACCCGACGCGCAUGUACGUGGCCGAGGCCUGGGUGAACCGUGGGCCGUGGCGCGGCAUUGUGCCUGAUUACCGCGCCCGUGGACGCAUGAACAUUAAGCACAAGCCGACGACGAGCAUCUCGAUCGUUCUCAAGGAGGAAAAGACAAGGCUUCGCGAGGCCGCCGAGCGCGAGGCCAAGAAGCUCCGCCAAGGCCCCUGGGUGCACCUCCCCGACCGCCCCGUUACCGCUCAGCGACAGUGGUACUCGUGGUAG